AUGCCUACUCAUGAAACCUGCAGUGACUGUCGGGUUUUAACGUUAGGGUCAGGUCAAAAACAUUGGAGAAUAGUCGAAACCAAACAUACUCACCACCCUUUCAGUGGCGAUGGCAACACUGGUUUCAGUGGACGUUGCACUAAUGGUGUUCUAUAUUAUCAAGAUAUUUGUGGUUCCCAUCGGUUUAUAAUGCGUUUCGAUGUAAGAUCUGAAACUUUCAGUGUCAUAACAUAUCCAUGGGAUCGUAGCUAUAAGUUUUGGAAAAUGUUGAUGAUGAUAUCGUAUGAAGGAAAGCUAGCUUUUGUUGGCAGUGUCAGGGGUGGAAAAAGUAUUAUAAUGUGGGUUUUGGAGGAUGGAACUGCAAGCAAAUACAAGUGGUCCCACCAUCGUUAUUCACCUCUUUCUCACUAUACCGGUCUGGAUUUGCUUAAGCAGUUCAAACUCAUUGGUAUCUUUGUUGAUGGUGACUUGAUUUAUGCACCAAGAGCAUUUUACAAUUUUUUAUAUAUUAUAUAUAUUGAUCCCAAGAAAGACGGUUAG